AUUUGAUAUAUCUCAAUUGAUUCAACCAUAACGAUGUGUAAAUCAAAAACUUAGUAUUAAUCUUAUCGUAGUGUUAAUUCAAUUCCAAGAACUGUAUUUGGUUAUUAUCUCGUUGAGUUUGGGCCUCUGAAACAAUGGGAGGGGUGGGGUUAUACGAGGUGGUCUUGCACUCUGAAGUGAAUUCUGUCGGUAACAAUCGUCAGUAAUUCACCUGUCAACCAACACAGUGGCAUGUUAACUAUGGUUACUUCACUAAACUUUCCGCCAAUGAAAAGUAGGGACGCAAAGCGAUCGAUGUUCACCGUUAGGAAACUCUAACUAUCGAUUAAUUUGCAAACUAAAAAUAAUUAUAACUGAAGAAGGCUACCAGAGCUUCCUUAGUCCAAGUCUACAGUAGUAACCAACCUGGUCUACCCCACGAAACAGUCACAGAAUAUGUUCCCCCACGUUCUCAUUCAUGAAAUAUCCCAGGCUACACGAAUGCAGUCUUCCUGUCUGUACUUUCACCGGGACGAAAUCCAAUGAGAUUUAUCUAACAUAUUCAUACAAACGCCUAGUUUCUAGUCUAUCUGCAUAAUGCAACCCGAAAACCCGGAUGCGAACAAUGCAGUUUCCCGCCGCACCGUAUACCGUAUCAUUCAGUCAUGCGUCGGAUAUCUAUCUGAUAAACUGAACGUGAACUCGCUUUCUCUAAUUAGUAUCCGGCUUUUUAAAGCUUGAUUUUAACCCUGCAAUUCCAUAUUUGGGGCAAGAAGUUCAUCUAGUAUAUAAAGCAAUAAAAUUAUCAUGGAAGUCAACCUGAUUCAAGAAGCUGAAGAACCAAUCUCGAGUGAGUACGUAAACAAGCCGGUGAGGCAGAUUCGUCGCCGUUCGGAUGUGUGGGACUUCAUGGAGUACCGCGUUUCGAAAACGAAUAGGAUGAAGUACAUUGAAUGCAAACUAUGCGGUUUGCAUCUAACCGCCUCGUCUCGGAGCGGUACCUCGAAUUUGAGGAACCAUCUGUUAAAUCGGCAUGCAGACCAAUAUCAUCCAGAUACCAUUCCAGAUCGACAUCGUCUAAAACACGGCCAUAUCCAGAAGUUUGCAGAGGGCCCAUUCUCUUCGAGUGAUAGUCAAAGCAAAGUGAAAGAUGAAGAGGGAGGAAAAGUGUCAGAAACAAAGCCGGGUGAAGCCAGCGAGAUGGUUGUCGAUGGGGGUGCUGACACCAGUACCACUACCAACGCAGCAAACGGGACUAAUGCCAAUGGCGCGGAUGCCAUGGAUGCUAUCACAAAAACAAGGAACAUUGCAUUCAGUCAAGCUGCAAAGAAUAAAGCCCUCAUCAGACUACAGCAAUCAAAGAUGAAAAGUGCUAUGCAUUCUAAUUUGAAGAAGCUUGGGUGUUCUAAGUUCCGUGCCCAGGGCAUCAACAACGCAAUAUUUCAAAUGCUGAUUAACGAUUUAUUGCCAGUGAAUGUCAUUGAAGGAGUUGGAUUCAGGGGGCUCAUAGAGGCUUUCCAAGGGGGAUACACAUUUCCAACAGUUUUUAGUAUUGAGGAGCGCCUUCUGGCUCGAUUAGGUGUGGGAAGGACUAAACUCUCUGAACGGUUAUCAAGUGCUCUCAAAAUAGGUCUCACCUGCGAUCUAUGGACCGACUACUACAACAGGAACUUCAUUACGGUAACCUCACAUGUUAUCAGUGCAGAGUGGAAAAAUGAGAGCUGGGUCCUUGGUACGGUUAAGGUGAAGGCCAAUGCUACAGAUGUAGAUGUGGCUCAGCAAAUAAGUGAAGUGUGCCAAAGCUGUGGUGUGACGAUCUCUGAUGUUCCAGCUAUGGUGUACGGCACAGAUGGUAAGCAGUCUGUCGCCGACACUUCUGAAAGACUGAAAGUAUUAAAGUCUAUUUGUGCCUUUCUGAAUGUGGAGAGCAGACCUUGUGCCGGGGAACUCCUUGGAAUCGCUGUCCAGAAUGCUCUUGGCAUUCCAUCUAUUACCAAACUUAUACAAGAUGCUGGGCAGCUCAUCACUCACCUGUCCACAGAUCGAAUCUGCCAAAGGCGACUGAGAGACGCACUAAAAAACAAGAAGUCAUCUCUCACUCUGACCAUAUGUGACAAUUCCAGUGGAUGGCAAGUGAUAUCAGAUAUGUUCUGUCAACUGGCAGAGUUACAGGAUGUGAUUGGGCAAGUUCUUGGUGUAGACCUGGAAGUAAACCUGACAGAGUCUCAGUGGAAGGUACUCCAUGAGAUCAUCCAUGCCCUCCAAGGUGUGAAAGCAGCAGUGGCAGUAAUGGGUGAUGACAAGAACAAGUCCGGUUCCUGCUGGUUACCAGUCAUGCAUGGAGUGCUUCAGCACAUUGAUGUUCCAAAUGCCGAGGACAUUUCCGAAGAUGGGCAAGUCUUCAGGAACAUCCUUAGUGCGGAGCUGAAAGCACGGUGUGAGCUGAAUGAAAUCCUUCCCAGCUCCUUGAUGAUGCAAGCUGCAGCUAUUGACCCAAGAUUUCACCACCUGCGCUUCCUGUCCGAUGAGGAUCGGGUCCCAGUGAUCGAGGGGUUAAAGGAGAAACUGGCAGACAACCACAGAGAAGACCAGCAUGAGCAUGCCGAAGAUGAGAAAGACUCGCCAUUCUUUGCACUACUUGGAGAAGACGAGUUCAACAAGAAGAUUACCAAGCCAGAGGAUGAGAUUGACCUGUUCAGGUUGGAACGUCCCGUUUCCAGAGAAACAGAUGCCCUCAACUGGUGGCGAUUAAAUGAGAAGCGAUUCCCUGGGCUCUCUAAGCUUGCCAAGGGUAUCCUGUGUGUGCCAAUAGCUGCUACUCCGUUGUGUAUGAGUGCAGAGACCAUGAGAUCUCUCGAGAACCGUAAACGUCUUGAUCACAUGCAUAUUGAUGCACAGCUUUUUCUUCACAAGAACACAGAAUUAUUUGACUAGAUUUACAUUUUGAAAUACUCAGAGGACUUUAGUGAUGAGAUUUCAAUUCUGUGCGUUUAUUGGUAAGCAUUGUAUUCGGGCCUCCAACAUGUUUUCACUGUUCACCUUAAAUGAAAUUGUUUCGCAUUCAGUUACCUAGUGAUACACUUUUUGUACACUAUAUAUGUGAUAUACAUCAGAAAAAAAUUGAAAUGCUUUUGAAUUGGGUAGCCUGCAUGUCUUAAUGAUUAAGAGCUGCUAUUGAAUUCUGAAUCUUAUUAUUUCUGUUACUCUUGGAUUUAUUAAUUGCAAAAAAAAUAUGCAAUUAUAUAUUCCUUAAUCAAUUUACUUUAAAUGCACCAUUGCUAUUGAUAGUAUUUCUUUUCUCUUGAAUUCAUUUCUUUUGAAUUGUAUUUAUUGGGAUUAUUCCUUAAAAUAUUAAAUGGCCAAGUGUUGCUAUUGAAUUCUUUAUCUUAUUAAUCAUUUUACACCCUUGGAAUCAUUUCUUUGAAAGGACAAGUCCAACCCAACAAAAAGUUGGUUUGAAUAAAAAGAGAAAGAUCCAACAAGAAUAACACUAAAAU